AUGGAUACUUUAAACAUAAGUUGUAGUCAAUUACAUACAAUCAAUUCUACAAAUUCAUCAUUUAAAAUGAUUUUAUUUAUCAAUAUAAAAUUUUUUGCAAUUAUUGUUCAAUUAAUUGGGAUACCAUUAAACUUAUUUGUAUUACAUGGAUUACUUAAUGUGAAGUUAGGAUCACGUUUAACAACACUACUAUUAUGUAAUCAAUGUGUAUUUGAUUGUCUUAUUUGUACAUUUGCUUUAUUAAAAAUAUUAAAAUCUGAACGUUGGUAUACAGGUUACAUAAUUAUUGAUAGUGUACUAUGUUACGUGUGGUUUAGUCACACAUUAUUUUGGCUGGUUGUAUUACUAAGUUUAAGUAAUAUGAUGUGUACAGCUUUAGAUCGUUUAGGAGCUGUUGUUUGUAGUCGUACAUAUCAGUUACGUCAAAAUAUUUACAUAACAUUAUCAUAUACAAGUAUUUCAAUUUACUCAUUAAUAUUAAUCGCUAUCAAUCCAUUAUUAUUACAAUAUCGUGAUCAGAAAUGUUAUGAUACUAUAUUAUAUGAUAAAAACUGGAUAUAUAUAUUAAUGAAAGUGGAUUCUAUAUUGUGGCCAUGUCUUACUUAUUUAUUUCCAUGUGUUUUAACUGUCAGUGUGUAUGGAAAAGUUAUAGGAGUGUUGAAAAGUACAACAUUUCGCCAUCAAUAUAAUUAUUAUAAUAAUAAUAGUUUUAGUACUGCUAUCAGUAUUAAUAGUAGUACCAACAACAGUUGGACACGUAAAAUAUCAAGUCAUAAAUUAACUGUAUCCUAUGGUAAACAAAAAAGAUAUCGUAAAAUUGCUCAGUCUUUAACAAUAGCUACAUGUAUUAUGCAAACAAUGUUUUUAAUAACGCAUUCAUAUGACAGAAUUUAUUACUUUCUUGGUAUACAUCGAUGGAUACUUUAUCAAAUUGAUUGUACGACUCAUUUAAUUGGUUUAUGGCUUGUAACACUGAAUAGUUGCAUUAAUCCAAGUACGCUUAUAUUUAUUGUACGCCCAUUACAAAUCUAUCUUAUUCAAACCAUUAAUCAGUGUUUUUGUAAAUAUUCAAAACGAUCCAAUAUGCAAACAUCAACAAAUUAUUUAAGUGAACAACAAUCUGAAACGUGUUUAAGCAGAACAGAAUUCGGAAAUAGGUCAAAUGGAAUUGAAUCAUAAUCAAGUAUCCUGUCUAGAAAAAAUUCAAUACUCACAUCAUUAUGUCUAUUGUGCUCACAAUCUA